UACAAUAUUCUAUAUUGUGAUCAUCACAACAGCCAAGGCAACCUAAAAGAAGAUAGUGAUCUCACACUUGGCUGGCAGCUUUUUAUCUUUCUCUUGACCGUUUAAAACUUCAGGCUUCCUGCCUUCCUGGUGUCAUGGAUAAAGUCCAAUACCUCACUCGCUCUGCUAUAAGAAGAGCUUCAACCAUUGAAAUGCCUCAACACGCACGUCAAAAUCUCCAGAACCUAUUUGUCAAUUUCUGUCUCAUCUUAAUAUGUCUCUUGCUGAUUUGCAUCAUCGUGAUGCUUCUCUGA